ACGUCGAUGCUGGCGGCCAAUUAAACUUGCGAAAUUUGCAAGGCUUCUCAUAAUUUGCCGUAUGAGAGUCGUAUAAGAGUUGCCAUUGUUGUUUAUAACUGUCUAAAACCAUGUAUAACGCUAUGGAACUUUGAUGGGUUUUAUUACAAAAAAAUGGUUACUUCAUAAAAAUUGAAAGCUCAUUUAGAGCAGAACAAUUGUUCCAAAAAUAAGAAAGGAUAGAACAUUUUCAGCUAUAAAUAGAUUUAAAUAAUCGUAAAUGAAUAGCAUCGGCGAGUCGUGUAAUGAACUGAAGAAGGAGUACGACUCCUGUUUUCACGCCUGGUUUUCCGAAAAAUUCCUGAAAGGUGAAACGAAUGAGUCGAUGUGUGCACCUUUGCUCAAAGUCUACCAGCAGUGCGUCAAGAAAGCAAUGAAGGAACAACAAAUAGAGUUGAAGGACGUAGAAUUGAAUUACUUGGAGGAUGACAAAAAAGACGAGAGUGGCAGCUGACAGCUGGCCAGGAACGGGGUUUUAACCAAUUGGCUAAGAAGAUUUACUUGUAAUCCCUUUUCCUCACAAAGGACAUUGGAAAUCAAACAUUGUAAGGUUUUUGAAAUUCGGGACGAAAAAAGUGAUUGUUUGAUACCUUCUCCUACAUCAGUUUGAACCAUAUCCUUCAAAAAUAAAAUAUACCGUGAUAUUCCAAACUAAUACAAUUUGCACUCUUGAAGAAAAAUAUUAAAUAUGAAUUUGCUUAGGUUUGUUAUUGCACAAACUUUUAAAUUCCUCACAUUCAGAUUUUAUUCCAUUGUUUUGAGGGUGUAAAUGUUCUUAUCUUGUCAUAUGAUGCUCCUACAAUAGGUUAAUAUGCAUAGAAAAUUUAUCGCUUUAAUAGGAAUUUGUCUAAUAGAAGACCAUGAAUGUUAUAGAAAAAUUAGAGGCUGAUCUCAGAGCUUUACGAUAAAUGAGAUGUAAAUGGUACAUGUAUGUGAAGGGUCGCGGAGAAAAACAAUGAGAGUGAUCAUUUUGAAAUAAGGCAAUACCAAUUUUAACCUUUCAGCUCAUUACUGAUUAAUUCGGAAUAUAUUUCGUAACUGAGAAUUUUGAUAAAAGUUUCAGUAAAAAUGUAGAUGAAAGAUAUUGGGUGUUUCGGACCGUCUUCUAUAUUUAUGGUUCCUGUGUAAACGAUCGAAACAUUUAAAUCGUUACUUUGAAUAAUUUACAAAAGAAAACUCUAAUCGUAUUUUCCCGCGACACUUCACUUGUUUAAUUAUUUAAGAAAGAAGAAAUUGUAUAAUUAAUAAAGAGUUAGCAGAUGAGA